AUGACGUCUCUCUCACCCUCACCUCCCAGCCCACCUUUUCCACCCCCAAUUUUGAAUGGUGGUGAGGGAGGAAAGCAAGGGAAGUCCAUAGAGACCUGGUAUGGGGGAAUUUUAGAAGGUAUUCCCAGAUGCCUGACUGGUUGUAGUCACCCCACCCCGAUACGGGUCUCCAGUCAAUGGCAGCUGCCCCCUACCCCCCACCCCCCGUCCCGACACACCUUCAGAAAUACAGGUCCUUUUCCUGUUUCUCGUUUUUCUCAAGCCUCUCCUCUUACAGAUCCACCCUGUGGCUUGAAAUCUCCAGACCUACUGCGCAGACAGAGACUCUGGCAUCAGAGGACCCUGUGGGAAGGGACAGCACCGGGACCACAGAACCCCACAGGCCCCUUUCCAGAACCAGGGCCAGGGGCAGCGCCCGCUCCCACUCACCCCUUCUGCACCUAUCUCAAACCCCCUGCACCCCUCCGCCAUUUCUGUCGCAGCAGCCUCCCCCACAGCCCUCUUCCCCCACAGGAACCUCUGGGGAUCUGGUGCGGGAGCCCUGGAAGUCCACCGGGGAGCGGCAGCUCAGUUCGCCUCCCUAGGACCCCAGGGAACCUCAGCGGACAGAACCCGCGACUCCGGCCCGCUCCGCGUCGGUCGUCGCCUCCUCUGCGCCAGGGGUCCCCCGGCGCUGCGCACCUCUCCCAGGGACCCGCUCCGACCAGGUCGCCUCCCCCUCGCCAGGCGGCCGGGGUCCGCGGGGCUCAGGGCCCGGGUGGUCGGCCUCCCCCUCUUGUCGCAGCUGCUCACUCGGAUUCCCACCGCUCUCCGUGCGCUCAGAAUGCCAAAGAGGCGUCCCGCCCCCCGCGCCGCUGCGCCAAACCGGCCAGGGGCUGCGCAGGCUGCGGCACCAACCGCUCGCGGCGAGGGUGUCGGGAAGGGGGGCGGAGGGAUACGGCACGAAUGGGCUCGGCGCCCCCUCCCAGGCCCACCGUAGUUCCGACCCAGAGGGGGCGGGGCCGGGAGGAGCCCCAGGCGGAGGGGCGGGGCCUCGCCAGCCCGCCCAGCCAGCGCUCCCCGCCGCCCCCCUAG